CGGAGGGAGCGCGGGGAGAGAGCUAGCGAGCGCUCGGAACCUGGGCCAGCAGAGGGGGCGCCCGGCCGCUGCCUGCACCGCCGCCUCCGUCGCGCUCGGGGGCCCCUGGAGGAGCGAGGGCGAGUCGGAGAGUCCGGGAGCCGAGCCCGGCGAGACCCAGCUGCGGGAGGGCGCCCGCCCCACUCAGCCGCCUCCUGCGCCCGAGCCGGGGAGCGCCGGCCGACCGCCCCGCGGGCCGGAGAGCUGGGAGCACAGGUCUCCGGAGCCCCAGGGAUGGUCUAGGAGUCGGCGCGAGGCUCGCUGCUCUGCUCCCUGCCGGGGCUCGCCGCCUCCUGCCGAUUGCCCAGGGCUGCGAGCCGCGGCGGCCGGGGGCUGCGAGCUGGGGCGGCCCAGGCCGGAGAAGUUAGUUGUGCGCGCAGCUUAGUGCGCGGAGCAAGCGAGCGACCGAAGAAGCAGCGAAGCGCCGGGGCCAUGGGCUGGGGGAGGCGCUGCUGCUGCCCUGGACGGCUGGACUUGCUGUGCGUGCUGGCGCUGCUCGGGGGCUGCCUGCUCCCCGUGUGCCGGACGCGCGUCUACACCAACCACUGGGCAGUCAAAAUCGCCGGCGGCUUCCCGGAGGCCAACCGCAUAGCCAGCAAGUAUGGAUUCAUCAACCUAGGACAGAUCGGGGCCCUGAAGGAUUACUACCACUUCUAUCACAGCAGGACGAUUAAAAGGUCAGUUCUCUCAAGCAGAGGAACACACAGUUUCAUUUCAAUGGAACCAAAGGUGGAGUGGAUCCAACAACAAGUGGUAAAAAAACGGACCAAGAGAGAUUAUGACUUUAGCCACGCCCAGUCCACUUACUUCAAUGAUCCCAAGUGGCCAAGCAUGUGGUAUAUGCACUGCAGUGACAACACACAUCCCUGCCAGUCAGACAUGAAUAUCGAAGGAGCCUGGAAGAGAGGCUACACGGGAAAGAACAUCGUGGUCACCAUCCUGGAUGAUGGCAUUGAGAGGACCCAUCCAGACCUGAUGCAGAACUACGAUGCUCUGGCGAGUUGUGACGUGAACGGGAACGACUUAGACCCCAUGCCUCGUUAUGACGCAAGCAACGAGAACAAGCACGGGACCCGCUGUGCUGGAGAAGUGGCCGCCGCAGCAAACAACUCUCACUGCACAGUUGGCAUUGCUUUCAACGCCAGGAUCGGAGGAGUUCGAAUGCUGGAUGGAGAUGUCACGGAUAUGGUUGAAGCAAAAUCAGUUAGCUUCAAUCCUCAGCAUGUGCACAUUUACAGUGCGAGCUGGGGCCCGGAUGAUGAUGGCAAGACUGUGGAUGGACCAGCUCCACUCACCCGGCAAGCCUUUGAAAAUGGUGUUAGAAUGGGGCGGAGAGGCCUCGGCUCUGUUUUUGUCUGGGCAUCGGGAAAUGGUGGGAGGAGCAAAGACCACUGCUCCUGUGAUGGCUACACCAACAGCAUCUACACCAUCUCCAUCAGCAGCACAGCCGAAAGCGGAAAGAAGCCUUGGUACCUGGAAGAGUGUUCGUCCACGCUGGCCACAACCUACAGCAGUGGAGAGUCCUAUGAUAAGAAAAUAAUCACUACGGAUCUGAGGCAGCGUUGCACGGACAACCACACUGGGACAUCGGCCUCAGCCCCCAUGGCUGCAGGCAUCAUUGCACUGGCCCUGGAAGCCAAUCCGUUUCUGACCUGGAGAGACGUGCAGCAUGUUAUUGUAAGGACUUCCCGUGCAGGACAUUUGAACGCUAAUGACUGGAAAACCAAUGCUGCUGGUUUUAAGGUGAGCCAUCUCUACGGAUUUGGACUGAUGGAUGCGGAAGCCAUGGUGAUGGAGGCGGAAAAGUGGACCACUGUUCCCCAGCAGCACGUGUGUGUGGAGAGCACAGACCGACAAAUCAAGACAGUUCGGCCCAACAGUGCGGUGCGCUCCGUCUACAAAGCAUCGGGCUGCUCCGACAAUCCCAACCACCACGUCAGCUACCUGGAACACGUAGUUGUGCGCAUCACCAUCACCCACCCCAGGAGGGGAGACCUGGCCAUCUACCUGACCUCGCCCUCAGGAACCAGGUCCCAGCUUUUGGCCAACAGGCUUUUUGAUCAUUCCAUGGAAGGAUUUAAAAAUUGGGAGUUCAUGACCAUUCAUUGCUGGGGAGAACGAGCUGCUGGUGACUGGAUCCUGGAAGUUUAUGACACUCCCUCUCAGCUGAGGAACUUCAAGACUCCAGGUAAAUUGAAAGAAUGGUCUUUGGUCCUCUACGGCACCUCCGUGCAGCCAUACUCACCCACCAAUGAGUUUCCUAAAGUGGAACGUGUCCGGUAUAGCCGCGUUGAAGACCCCACUGAUGACUAUGGGACAGAGGAUUAUGCAGGUCCCUGUGACCCUGAGUGCAGUGAGGUAGGCUGUGAUGGGCCAGGACCGGACCACUGCAAUGACUGUCUGCACUACUACUACAAGCUGAAAAACAACACCAGGAUCUGCGUCUCCAGCUGCCCCUCUGGCCACUACCACGCUGACAAGAAGCGAUGCAGAAAGUGUGCUCCCAACUGCGAGUCCUGCUUUGGGAGCCACGGGGACCAGUGCCUGUCCUGUAAAUAUGGAUACUUCCUGAAUGAGGAAACGAACAGUUGUGUCACUCACUGCCCUGAUGGAUCGUAUCAGGACACCAAGAAAAAUCUUUGCCGGAAAUGCAGUGAAAACUGCAAGACAUGUACUGAAUCCGACAACUGUACAGAAUGUAGGGAGGGGUCAAGCCUGCAGGGAUCCCGGUGUGCCGUUGCCUGUGAGGACGGACGGUACUUCAACGGCCAAGACUGCCAGCCCUGCCACCGCUUCUGCGCCACCUGUGCUGGAGCAGGUGCUGGUGGGUGUAUUAACUGCACAGAGGCCUACUUCAUGGAGGAUGGGAGGUGCGUGCAGAGCUGUAGUAUCAGCCAUUACUUCGACCACUCUUCAGAAAAUGGAUACAAAUCCUGCAAAAAAUGUGACACCAGCUGUUUGACAUGCAACGGUCCGGGGUUCAAGAACUGUACGAGCUGCCCCAGUGGGUAUCUCUUAGACUUAGGAAUGUGUCAAAUGGGAGCCAUCUGCAAGGACGCAACGGAAGAGUCCUGGGCGGAAGGAGGCUUCUGUAUGCUAGUGAAAAAGAACAAUCUGUGCCAACGGAAGGUUCUUCAACAACUUUGCUGCAAAACCUGUACAUUCCAAGGCUGAGCUGCCAUCCUAGAUUUCUUUGUUCCUGUAGACUUAUAGAUUACUCCAUAUUAUUAUUAAAAAGAAAAAAGCAAGC